AUGGAGCCUUUUGUUUUACAGCCGCAUGCUGGAGAAAUGAGAUACGUGGGUCGAGGAGAAGCCAAGGAAAACAAAAAACUGUUUCCUUGUUACUUCCAUCUUUGCGUGGCCAAAGGCACACGUGCUACUGAUGGAUGGUCUGUGGUCUCUUCUCUGAAGUGUACCUCUUGCACUGAAGAUUUAGGGCCGAACAGACAUGUGGUUGAUGCUUGGAUCAACGACUCCCGAGAGAGGUCAACGCGAAAAAUUAAUCAAAUUCAGGGGGAGGUUGCGAAGACUGCUGACAAACAUGUUUUUUGGCAGGGUUCAGUUGGUUUUGUUUUCUCACAACCAGUCGAUUUCAAUGCAGAAGAUUUGCCUGGGAAGCAGAUGCAUCCCGUGCUCAAGUUGGGCGAUUCACUUGCCACGCUCCUGCAAGGGAAAAGUGGUGCAUGGGUACCUGCAGAUUCUGGGCAGACAGAGCCAGGGACAUUCUCCAGACCUUGGUGCACGGGUUAUUUGUUGAGGGUCCCUGCCUUGGUGGCCGAGAAUCCUUUAAAACUUGUCACCCCCUUUGCUUUUUGCCAGAAACUCAGAGUAGAACCUUUGGCCAUGGAGGACCCUUCAAGGCAGGGAAAUGCUUUGGCCGUGGUGGCAGCCACUUCUUCUGGGAGUGGGCGUUUUGCUAGCAGGCAAGACUACUAUGAUCGUGGUGCUAACUGGGGAGAUCCUCGAAGUGAGCGAUCCCCACUGCAAGAUAUUUUGUUUGCAGACAUGGCUUAUGUCAUGCAGAAUUUUUCAGAAACAGAGACCAUUUUGUCUUGCUGCACCCGAAUCUUGGACCCAGAUUCUUCCAAAUUGGGUGGGGCUUUGCCACCUGUGCCUGGACGAGAAUCUUUGCGAAGAGCGUUGAUCAAGCUAGACCUUUUUUUGAUGCUUUGCAGAAGAACUUUUCACAGUCCCGAGCAGCCAGGUUUCUUGGUGCACCGAUACUUGAGUAGCGAUGCUUCUCCGCAGGCUCACCAAAAUUAUUUUUGCACGAUUGAAGAUAUACUUCGCCAACCAGUUGGUUUCAGGGCUUCAUCUGCUGGGACAGGUUUCAAUCCUUUCACAUCUGGACUCGAAGUGGAAAGGAGGAGCUUGCCUGCACUGACCCUUGGCAAAGGCCAAGCCUCCACAGCUCACAAGGCAAGGCUCUUGUUGCACUGUGCUUGUUUGGAAUAUGGUCAGCAACAUCUUCGACUGUUUAGACAGCAAGUUGUUGCUUUCCUAUCCGACCAGGGGACAGAAAGGAAUUUGCCACAAUUUCCGUUGAACAUUGAUGGGGAUUUGGCAGAUUUUAUAACAGGCUUGUCUGCUGAGGCAAAAGCUGGUUCUUCUGCCGAUCCUUUCUUGUUUCCCCAAGCAUUGUCAUUGCCAGGGGUUUUGCAUAUCAUGUUUAAUGCUUUGGAAGAAUCCUUAGUACAAGUGGAGGAGUGGAAGCAAAUGGAGCGAGAGCUUCAAGCUGCCUCGCAGAUUGUGGGGGAGCCAUCUUCUCAGGCUCUUCUCUUGGAAAAAUUGUACGAAGGUGCUAGGCCCAAUGAGCGUGAAGCAGUGCAUGCCUUCCGAGCAAAACUGUUAAAUUGGCGUUGGCAAAGCUUGCAAGAAGUGGUUUGGCAAUGGAUUGCUGUAUUCCCAUCCUUGCAGGAAAGAUGGGAUCCUAAUGCCUUUCCUGACCCCACUAGCAAGUACGUGCUGACUCUGUCCGAAGCCCUUCAGUCUCAAUGGCAUUAUUUGUUUUUGUCCUGGCUGUGCAUGUUCACAAGCACAGUGGGCAAAGAAGCGACGUGGUUUGAGGGAUGCUUCUGCCAUCAAGACAUUUUGGCAGCACACACCACCAAAUGGGCCAGGAAGAAAGCAAUGGCAGCUGCUCAUUGUGCCCAUGGGAGCUGUCCAUGGCAGGGCCGUAGGCUCACUGGGUUGGCCUUGGGGCAUGCCAAGGGUUUGUGUCACCGUGUGAUGAAUGCCAGUCAUUGGCAAUACACUUCUGCUCUUUUGGCGAGCCCUCAAGCAGAGGCAAGGCGUAUGGCAGAAAUAGACUUGGCCGUGAAAACGAAGUUUGUACGAGUGAUUGAGCAGAAGUUUGGUCCUUUUGUCACCCUUCCCUAUGUCCUUGCAGGAGGCUUUGGUGAGUAUUGUGGCUAUCCUUUGAUCCAGGCAAAAAAAGCCAUUGCAGAAGCCAUUGCUGAGUACGAUACCCUGGCUCCACAGUCCAGAGAUGCUGCUUCUGCAGCUCUCCUCGAACACGAUCCCCGUGUUUCUCAGCAGUUGCGUGAGUUUGCGACUGACCCUGAGCGUCCCCUUCAUGACUACCCAGAGGCUUUUCUUUCCAUUAGGGCCAGAGCUUUCGCUUUGUGUGCAGAGCGACACACAGAGGGUGAGCAUGCCCGCGUGAAAUUCCAUGCCCAGAGGGGAUUUCGCUUUGCUGGCCCCGUGAUGGUGGCUGCAAGGAAAAGGCGACUUGAGGUGCAACGCAUGAUCAAAAUGCACCUCAGCUGGUUGGCUGAAAGGUGGCAUGCUAAAAAUUUGUUUGUGACCUUGUUGGAACACUUGCUUCCAAAGGCUGAAGUUGCACAGAUGUCUUGGGCAAACAAAUGUCAGCGUGUCUAUGCUUGCCACCCGAGUCUUCAAUUUUCUGAUUUGAGCAAGUGGGAGAAAGAGGCCGAAUCUUUUCAAAAAGUUUUGGGAAAGGUCCAGGCAGCUCUUGAAGACCAUGCUGUGAAACCGACAGAGGAGCAAUUGCAGAUGGUUUAUUUCAUCAAGCACUUGUUGGCAAAUGGCACUUUUGCUUCAGUGCCGUCAGCCUUGUGGCGUGCGGGCACGUGCCCUGUUCCCAGCGUGGAUGCAGUCCAAGUGUCUCCUGUUGAGCUGGAAUCCAUGCUGUUAUCUGCGAAAACGAGACAUGUGUCCACCUUGUUGCACAUCACUUACUACCCCGACAUGUGUUGGCAGGAUGAUUCAACUGCCACCGUGAGCAUGGAUUCCUCUGACAUGCGAGUGUUGGAUGUCUCCACGUGGACACAAAGAGAUCAUUUCAAAACCUGCAAGGAGGCAACCGUUUGGAAAGUAACUUGCUCUGAAUUGCAAUUGCAAUUGCGCCACCAGGCCUCUUCAAUUUCAGAAGUCCCCUUGCUGCUUCCAGAUGUGAUUGUAGACGAAGAUCCAUUGGAAACUGUUCUGCUGGCAUCAUCUGCAGAUGCUGAAGAAGAUGCCCUAGUCGAAUAUGAGGAGAAACGUGCUGAUCUUGGCUUUUCUGUGGCGAUGCGUGAAAGACCAUUAGGCAGCGAGGAGCGUAGGACAUUGAUGUCUUUGAUUGCAAAGAAAGCUUUCAACCGUGAAUCUGCGUGUUCCUUUUGGGAUUUAGAAGUUUUUUCAGCGAAAGGGUUAGAUGCUUUGCAAUCCUUGGGCAUUGUGUGCUCAGAGCCAGAUGACUUUGGUGACAAGUGUAUCUGGAUGAUGGAAGCUGCCUUUCAGAUCCUUCCAGGGUUAACUUUGACCGAGCCUUUGCCCUUGUUGGAAGGUUUCUUCGCAACCAGGGGUACCAGAACCAGGUCACGCAAGACUUGCAAGCUAGCCUUCUUGUCAGCUUUGCUACAGGAUGGAUGGUCCAUGAAAGGUUGGAAGGAGGACAUGAGAUGGCAUGUCAAAGGCACGAGCAAGAUUCUCUGCAGUGCAAUUUGGCAACGCCCUGAAGCAUACUUCAAGGCUUUCUUGUUGCACCAGAUUUUGUUUGAGAGACCUGGGAAAUUACAAAAGAUUCACCACAAGGCCACAGCAGCUUACUACAAUGACUUGUUGGCAGCAGAAGACAUGUCUGCUUUCAACUCCUUGACAGAUGCCCAGUGUGUAAAGUACCAAUCUCCGAAGAAAAGAAAAAACAAAGCAGCAGAUUCAGCAGAUAGCAAAGCAAAGGCAAAGGCCCUUGCCUUGCCUGAUGGUGACCCAAAUCAAAUUUUGGAACCUUUGCCUGUCGAAGGUGGUGCUUUAGUGCACGUGCCUGAAGAGGCUUUGCAGAUCGAACCGAUGCAAUGCCGAGAUCCUGGUCUGAAGCAUAUUGUUGUGCAUUACGACAAGUGGUCUCACUCCAGUGGGAACUUGCGUGCUUUCACACAAUGCUCACACCACAGUGCCUGCCGGCGUUACACCUUCGUGAAAAACCACGAAGGUGGUCGCGAGGAAGCCGAGGCAUGGCUGAUGGCCUGGCAUGCCUCUGGCAGACGCCUGGCUUCAGCUGAUGCCCACAAGGCCGUCAAUCCCAGCCGAGACGAGGAUCCAAUCAUGCCUCGGGGCUCCCGUGGUCGUUCUGAAGAAGAUCUUUCAGAGGAGUCUCGCAGCGAAGACCGCGAGGAUGACUCUGAAGAUUCUCAGGCGACUCAGCUCCCACAAGCAGAAGAAGUUUCUGCGAGGCCUAAUGAUGGCCAAGAUGCUGCUGCUCCAGAGCCGUUGCCCAAAGAAACUCCAGAAGCUGCAGCCCGAGCACUCCGAGACAAAACAAAAAAGGAGAAGAAACGCAACCGCCACAGUGACCGAGGCAGCGGCAGAGACCGCAGGAGGGCUUCUCCUGAGCGAUCUCGCCGUGAUCGCCGUGAACGUGAUCGACGGCGACGUAGCCAUAGCAGGCGCAGUCGGGACAAGAGGCCAACUACUGGAAGUCAAGCUGAGCUGCACCUGGGCCGUGGCGAGCCUACCCCAGCUUUGAGGAGGAUGAGGCCGUUAGAACCUGAACCUGAAGACCAUGACCGAGAUUACAAGCCUGACAAGUCUCCCAAGGGCAAGCUUCAGAAGAAGGAGCCUGGGAAUCAUGGGAAGGCCAGAUCACAGUCAAACUCCAACCUCGUACUCCGUCCAGCCCCAGGUGCUAAGGAGGAUCCUUACCCUGAAGCACGUGAGGGCCAAUACUUGGAGUGCGAGAUCUGUGGCAAAAGGUUUGGAUACAAGUCAGGGCAAUUUGGAGUAAGUCAGCACAUUUGGUCUUCUCACCCUGAGACCUCAGCUGCAUCCAAGAGAAGGGCCUACUUCUACAACAAGGGUGCGAGGAGCACCAGCCGUGGAAGCAAGAGUGAUCGUGACGAAGGGCCGCCUGCACCUGCUGUGCCACCUCCCCCUCGUCCACCUCCCCCACCUCACCCACCGUCUAUGGACCGAGUGGAUGAGGCGGGAGGUGAAAGAAGCUCUGGAUCAGGGGCAGCAAGGUCCAGUACAGAGCAGCUCUCACAGAGGCACGAGUUGCUGCAGAACUUGCUGAACACUGCCAGCCAGAUCCUUCGUGGAGAUUGA